AUGCCGCCUGCCCGCCACACACGUGGCACUCAACCGACAUCUAUGGGGCUAGGACACCACUUCGUAAGCCCAAAGAAAGCUCGAGACCCUAAAAAGACACAAACUCUUGUUCACAUUCCCGGCGUCAACUCCAAGCAUCAGCGCCUCCUCGACCAAAUGGCUGCGUUGAUGCAGCCCCAAGUUUCGACCACUGAAACCCCCACCUCUACUGAGUCUCAAGCCCCGAUGGAUAUUGAGCACACCACUGGUAACGAUUACAUCGCCGAGGAGGUAGCCCAGCCUGCUCAAGUAGUGUCUUGCCCUACAAAUGUGCCUAAGGUAGACCUUGGGCGUCGCCAUCUCUUGCCCAACAAGAUGGCUAACAAUCUAUAUAACACUUGGAAAGUGCUUAUCCCGACCCUGGUAGAACCUCAUCUCAAAUAUUCUACAAGGACACAUGGGUAUGCUCUUCCAGAAGUCCAUCCGGUCAUAUCCGCUUGCGCAAGCCAUACUAGUUGUACACAUCGACAAUUUUCCAUAGUUUGUCUCUUUUUUGACCGUUUCCUUUCUGUUGAUGUAUUGGCCUGCCGAUGUUCAACACUUUCGCAAGUCCUCCUUUACCAUGGCCUCUUUCCUACUGCUCCCUCCCAACCACACAUGGCUGUUUCUACAGACCUACUCGCAUUCUAUCGUGCUUUGUUCGAGCGUUCAUGCGAUGCUAUCCAUGCGCUUGUGCAUGCCCUAAAGACCCAUUAUGCCCGCAGAGGCUUUCUCAUGACCAACGCAGAUGUGAUAGGGCUGCACACCGUACCAUAUACGGUAGACGGCCGUAUAAAUACAGUAUACGGCUAA